AUGGCCCAAAGUGCAACGGAAGAGUACAAAGUGGAGACAAAAACGUCGAAGAGAAGAUGCAAAUUAUGGUCUCUAGUACUCAUCCUCAUCAUCAGCGUCAUCAUUCUCAUCGCCAUCACACUCGCAGUAAUUUAUACAAGUAGAUCCUCAGAUUCACAAUAUAACGACAUAGUCAGUGUCUCAGCACAUGGCUCUCUUCGGAUUUUCAAUAGAAAUUUUACUCCCGAACUCAAUGAGAGCCAUUCAGUUGAGUAUGAGGAGUUGGAGUCUGCCUUCAAAUUAAUGAUGGAUAUUAUAUUUUUGGACAGUGAUCUUGCAAGCAGUUACAAUUCAACGCAAAUUGAAAGCUUUCGGUCAGGUAGUGUGAUUGUUAUCUUCAGGAUAAUUCUGACAGACAUUCCGCGUAAAUUCAUUGCUCUUCCAUUCACUUCACAUAAUCUCAUCAAGACCAAAGACCAUAUAAGACAUAUCAUUAACAUGACGAUUCAUCAACACGCUACGGAGGCAGGGGCCGAAGCAGGAAUCAAGGUGGAUUUAAACUCACUCACUAUUCAAGAAGUUUCGAUACAACAAAACAACGAAAUCAAAGAUAUUCCAAGCUGCAGACUUCCAAAAGAAGAUGAAUAUAUUUACCUUAAAGAAGGUGACGUCAUGAAUGUUACAUCGCCAUGCUAUCCAGAGGAGGUGGAGCUUCCAAACGGGAUAAGCCGUGUGUUCAUAGCACCGGAGGGAUGCAGGAUUAUAAUCUCAUUUUCUGAAUUCAAAUUGGAAGACGAGGUGGAGUACCUCUAUCUCGGAAGCGAGACCGAGCCCGACGUCGUUGGAACGUUCAUUGCCAGAUUUACUGGCUACGACUUUCCUCCCGACGUAAUGAGUGCCGGACCAGGAUUAUGGAUACGUUCAUGGAGCUUUGCUGAUGUUAAUUAUGGUGGUUUUGAGGCGAAAAUGACUGUGGUCAAGAAUGAAAUGGUUGACUUCGAAUGUCCACCAAAUACGGAACCUUGUCGAUACGCCUUAGAGUGUUACUCAGAGGAAGAGCAAUGUGAUGGCCACUUAAAGUGUCCUAGUGGAACGGAUGAGAUAGGUUGUGCCUGCUACCCUCCACUAUCGUACUACAAGUGUUCAGACGGUCGUUGUCUCUCUCGUCAGUAUAUCUGCAAUGGUCCUCAGGGAUGUUCAGACGAUGAGGCAUACUGUGUCUUUACUUGUCCGAAUGGAAAGAAUAUCACAGAAGUAUUCAUGUGCGAUGGCUUUAACGACUGUGGUGAUUAUGCAGACGAACGGCAAAAUUGCUCCUGUGAUAGUGAAGAUCAAUGGGAAUGCCCGGAUGGAACCUGUAUCUAUAAACAUAAUGUUUGUGACGGGUUUCCACACUGCCCAGGACGGGAAGAUGAGAUGAACUGUCAAUGUGAGAGUUGGCAAUUUCAAUGCGGUGAUGGUAGAUGCAUUCCUUACUGGGAUAGAUGUGAUGGUAAUGACACCUGUGCAGAUAAAUCUGAUGAACAAAAUUGCCCUAAGUGCCCAGGAAGACUAUUCCAAUGUGCCUCGUUCCAGUGCCUAUCCAAAGACCUUGUAUGCAAUGGUGAAGAAGACUGUUUUGGAGGAGACGAUGAACGCGAUUGCCCCCCUCCAGCCACUUGUUCAGGUGAUGAGUUUACCUGUGGUGAUGGCAAGUGUCUCCGUUCAGCCUUGGUAUGUGACUUGAUUCCACAAUGCAUCAAUGGAACUGAUGAAGCAUAUUGCCAUGAUGACGAAGAAUGUGAAUUUCGCUGUAAUAAUGGUGAAUGCAUUCCUGCUGACUGGAUUUGUGACGGAGUCGAGGAUUGUCUCGAAGGUGAAGAUGAACCCGACUGCGCGGAGCAACAGCCCGAACCAUGCGAGGAAGGAUUUUUCCGAUGCCCGGAUAGACAAUGCAUCCCGGAUAUUCUCAUUUGUAACGGUAUCCGAGAUUGUAAGGGCAGCGCCGAUGAGCAGAACUGUACUGAAAAUGCAUUAGAUCUUUGCCAAGGGUUCGACGAAAAUGACUAUUUCGUUUGUGAUGGAAAAGAAGACUGCCCGAAUGGAGACGACGAGAAAGUUUGCACGGUAUGUGGGAAGCGUCCAGCUGGUCGCCUGCGACGGCGUCGUAUGCUCGGUGGAAGAGAGGCAUCGGUAGGUGAAUGGCCAUGGCAGAUAUACCUAGCUUCUCAGAACGAUACCGAGGGUGUGAGCUGUGGCGGGACUGUUGUAAAUCGUAAAUGGAUCAUAACUGCUGCUCAUUGCAUAAGCACAUUCCAAAUUGGCAGAAUGGUGGUCAUAACCGGCGUCUCAGAUCGAUUUGAAUUGGGAGAGCAUGGCCAACUGGUCCAUAUAUCCGAUGUGUAUGAACACCCGGAUUUCUACUUCAGCGGGUACUAUUUGCUUUAUGACGUUGCCUUAGUCCAACUCCGAGAACCUUUGGUCAUGACGGACUAUGUCAGACCGGUUUGCCUGCCUGAUAGCGGUUUCGAACUGGAACCGGGGACGUACUUGACAUCUACAGGAUAUGGUGAAACCGGCGCUGGUACGAUAGCAUCAAGUCUAAUGGAGACACGACUUCCACUUAUUCCGUCGGAGGUGUGUGUGAGGUGGACUCAGCAUUCAUUGGAAGAUGUGUUAAAGAUCGUAUGCGUGGGGUACGAGAACGGAGUCCAGGGACCGUGCUAUGGAGAUUCUGGAGGCCCGCUAGUGGUUGAGAAGGACGGUUCUUGGUACAUUAUCGGUAUAGUUUCAGGCGGCGCCGAAUGUGGUGCUCCCUAUAGUCCAAACUUUUACACACGGGUAACAGAACUUCUAGAGUGGAUUGAUGAUGUCAUCAAUUUACGAUAACACCAUUCUUACCCCCAAAGAGAAGCAGCCUCAUUGUCGGUUAACUCAAUACUCCUCGCAAUAAUAACACUAGGGAAAUAUUAAAUCUGAAUGAGUCGACCUUCUGUCGAAUAUUCUCUGUAGUCGAAGAGAUUUUCAGCCCAGAUUAUGCACAGGAUGUAUUGUGUUCUAAGUGGAACUUCGCCUGCUAUUUCAGCAUCAGUUCUUCCGGUGCCAAUAUUUGGUAUUUUCAAUUUUUAGACCACUAUUAAUUACUCCAACAGAAAUGAAGUAUGUCGUGAUAAAAAUAACAAAGUUUCAGGAUAAAUAAUACCAUCUAGGAUAUGUAGCAGUCAUUUUUAUUCUGGCUCAUUGAAGGCGCGGAGUGACCCGGGUUUGAUUCCCACUUGGUGCGCUAGUGCCCUUUGGUAAGGCAUUAAUCCUCAUUAACAGGUCCCUCAGAGAGGACCUUCAGACGUCGGUCCUCUGGUUGCUUGCUUACAAGCAUUCAUGCUUUCUUAGCAAUCAGGUAAAACAAAAUCACCACCAUUUUUGCCUUUCCAACAUUUUUUAGAGCAAUGGCAAGUCAUGAUAAAAAUUAAAAAUGUAAAAAUCACAGUUGGUGUAAUUUCCUCUUCAUCUCAUUAUUUUUUGUAUUUUGUCCAAUGCAUAAAUUGAUUUCAUAAACACUUCAUCUAUACCGAUCUAUACCGAUUUAGUUGUGUUAGGUGAAGUGGAUAUUGGGUUCUGGACCAAUUUGGUUUGGAUGUAUUUUUUGUGGUAAUUAAAACGGGGGGUGGGGGGUCUUCAAGUAUACCUAAUAAAAGAUAAUGUAUGCUUUGACAUAGCAACGCACCUGGCUCAUUGCCAAACCCAUUGAAAAUGAGUGCUUUUAUUCUUCUUUGGAAGCCCCCCCCCCCCCUCCCCUCGCCGCAAGACGCAAGUCAUGAAUAUUCAUAUUGGGGUCCGGAACUCUUGUGGGAAAACUGAUUUCGCCCCCUUUAUGGCCGCCAUAAGUUGCAGUGCUCUGAAGUCGGAUUCAUCGUUAGCUUUAAUGGGAAUUAAACGAAAUGGUAAAUAGAUAAAGUGCCGAUUAGACCUUAAUGUUAUUAGACGAACUGGUAUCACAUUUGGUCUCAAUGGGACUAGACCAUACGGGCGGUAGGCAAAGAGAAUGUAGACCAAAUACCAGGGACGACAGCUACCCGUUCGUGUCACAUGUCAUCACCAUUAUUUCAUUUUCUUCUAGCUCCUCAAAUUAGUGAUAAUGCAAAUAAUUAAUUUAAGAAUAGGGGAGUAAAUUAUUGUACUAUUUGAACUAUUUAUUGAUAUUUUUAUAUCAUUCCAAUGUUUGUAGAUGGCCCCGUCGGUGGUAUAUGAAACGGACAUUUUGCUAAUUACAUAAUUGUUUUGAAUAAAAAUAUUUUCAUGUUUUUCGUAUAUAGGUUUGUAUAAGUCAAUUUGUUGUAUUAUAAACUAUACCUCAUUUGUGCACAUAAAAGGAAACCAUUAUAAUUACAUACCUGUACAUAAAACAGUCGCCCAUAACCAGGCAGUUUCUGGAGUUUAUGGAAGUCAUGCGGUAUUGCGUAGGACUUUACAAACGGCUAGAUCAUGUUAAAUACACGUGGGUUUGACUUUCGUCAUAUUUAAUGUCAUCAACUAAUUUUUUUCAUUUAAACAAUAUAGUUAUGGAAAAAGUAAUCAUUUACCAUUUAAGUAAGAGAUGUCACAUGAAAUAACUAUUUAAGCUGAGGGAAACGAUUUAGUAUUUACUUUUUCAGUUGCUGUAAGUACAUGGGAAAGUUAAUAAUGAAAAGCUUCAUGAAACAUCGCACAAUUAUAACUUAGAGGGGUCUGGUGCACCAAACUUUCCGAUCAUUCAAUCCAAUGAAACAACGUAAGUUGAUCUUUUUUUUUUCAUUUAAAUUGACACAUAGGGUCCAUGUUUUUUACUUGCAUCGAUUAGUAACUUGUAUAUGCAACAGAACCCUGAAAAGUAAUCGUAUUCAAAUGGCUAUUUAUAUAUUAUAUUACUUUUUUUAAUAUCUCUUAUAUAUCAAAAAAGAGAUGUUGUUCACAGACUAGGCCAAUGCAUUUGCAUAAAAAGUUGCCAUCACUAAAACGCAGCUCCCAAAAUGAAACUCAUCUUGAUAUUUAUCUAAUGAAACGCGCGUAUUACGGACUAGGUUUUAACGCAUCUUUUUCUGCGACCUGGCCUUGGUAUAACGAUGUACAUACAUAUAAGGGCCUCCAUUCGAUGUUCAUAUAUAUUUAUCAUUUUCUAAUAUUUAUUCAUUUCAUAGAUCUAUUAUUUUGUGCAUCAUGCAUGGGGUAUUCGUAUUAUGUUUCGUAAUAAGUUACUUGGCAAACUUCAGAAAAAAAGAAGAGGGUUGUGCGGGAGAAUCUAUUAACCUCGUUUCCUAUUGCCCGAGUACUCGUAUACCAUGUUAUCUAUUUCUUACAUUUAUAGUUUUUGUUAGUAAGUUUUUAGAUUUAUAUAAAUUUUAUCCAAAUAUCCAGAUCGUUGAUAAACACGAUUAUCCCAAUCCUUGAUUUUUACAAUGGCAAUUACCAAAUUGUGUAUUACCAUUCUAUAUUUCGUGCUUGUAACGCCUCUUUAUAUGCGACAUCACAUGGUGAUUUAUGUUAAGUACUAUGAACAUAGUAUAUAUUUCAUGUAUAUAUCAGAAUUGUUUGUUCAAUAACGAAUUAAUAUUCGGUAGAGUCAGCUGAAUAAAUUCAAUCCUUCAUCCCCUUA